CGCGCAGAGGGGGGGGUUGACCCCCCCCCUGACGAUCUUUUUCCGGGUCGAAAGAUUAGCACAGCCGUGAACGCUAGUUGUGUAUCACGAAAAAAACCCAGAGAGGCCAUAACUUUUGGACAUUUAAACACUGAGUAAACCACUUAAAGGUGUAUUUUCACCCCAACACAUGACACAGCAAUGCCGGGCAUCAGCUGUCGAUUUUACCAGCACCGCUUCCCCGAGGUGGAUGAUGUCGUCAUGGUGAACGUGCGGUCCAUCGCCGAGAUGGGCGCUUACGUCAGCUUGUUGGAAUACAACAACAUCGAGGGCAUGAUCCUCCUCAGCGAGCUGUCUCGUCGACGUAUUCGCUCCAUCAACAAGCUGAUCCGCAUAGGACGCAACGAGUGCGUGGUGGUCAUCCGAGUAGACAAAGAGAAGGGAUACAUCGACCUGUCGAAAAGAAGAGUUUCACCAGAAGAGGCCAUCAAGUGUGAGGAUAAAUUCACAAAAUCUAAAACUGUGUACAGCAUCCUGCGACAUGUGGCAGAAGUUCUGGAGUACAGCAAAGACGAGCAGCUGGAGAGUUUGUACCAGCGCACCGCUUGGGUCUUUGACGAGAAGUACAAGCGACCAGGAUACGGAGCUUACGACGUCUUCAAGCAGGCUGUGUCGGAUCCUGCAAUCCUUGGCGAUCUGGACCUGACGGAAGAAGAAAGAGCCGUGCUCAUCGACAACAUCAACAGGCGACUCACCCCACAGGCCGUCAAGAUCCGAGCAGACAUUGAAGUGGCGUGUUACGGCUAUGAAGGCAUCGACGCCGUGAAGGAGGCGCUGAGGGCUGGACUAAGCUGCUCUACAGAGGCCAUGCCCAUCAAGAUUAACCUCAUUGCCCCUCCACGCUACGUGAUGACGACCACUACUCUGGAGCGCACAGAAGGUCUGUCAGUUCUCAACCAGGCCAUGGCUGCCAUCAAGGAGAAGAUUGAGGAGAAAAGGGGUGUCUUUAACAUCCAAAUGGAGCCCAAGGUGGUGACAGACACAGAUGAGACGGAGCUGGCCAGACAGUUGGAGAGGCUAGAGCGGGAAAACGCUGAGGUGGAUGGAGACGACGACGCAGAAGAGAUGGAGGCGAAGACUGAAGAUUAAAAGUCCAGGCCAGCAAGCCAAGGAUUUGGAUGGUUAGUCCAGCAAACGUCAACUUUCACACUGCAAACAGACUCCUAAUAAAAGCCUGUGGCUUUUAACAGCAGUUCAUGUUUGCCUAGCUUGUCUUUAAGGAACUCCUAUUUUUAAUAACAUCACUUUGAUGUAAUAAAGUCAAGCACACUCUUGCUUCAAAUUCCUCCAUAUCAACCGUACCAGUGAAGAAGCUAUUAUCAAUAAAAUCUACUCUUCAAUAAAAA